AUGUCGCGGCCGUUCGAAGCAAAUCUGCAAGAGAAAGAGGCGUCAGAGACGAUCAUUCUUGACAUAGUGCGCAGAAAGGGCGAAUCCUGGGGUAUUGAAUUAUGCGGCGAGGGGCCAACAGAAGUUCGAAAAAUCAGACCAGGGACGGUUUUCAUGAUUCAUAUUGAUCAAAAUGAUCAAUUCUUCCUUAUGACAUUUGAAAACCGCAAACAGUGCAAUGGAAUCAAUGUCACCAGAUUCGGUCAUCAGCAAGUUGCUUCAAUCAUCGCCGAAACCGACCGUCUUCUACGAAUGAAAGUUCUCCCCGAUGAAGAAUCCUCUUCAGAAGAAGACGAAGACGAGGAAGAUGCUGACCCAACAGAGAAAUUAAAGAAUAGAAAUUUCAAAGCCGAAGAAUGGUGGUGCGAUCCUGAAGUUGAUAAGAAGCUGCAAGAGGAGAAAGAGAAAAACAAAAUUGAUCCUUACGAUUUCGAAAGCUUCAGUAACAAUUUUGACAAAAUUGAGAAGCAACACAGAAAAGCUGGAAAAGCUAUGGUCAAAAAUGGUCGAGCUUCAAGGUCAAAGAAAGUGGAUCUUGACUCUGACGAUGAUUCGGACGACGAGUACGCGAAAUUCAUGAGGAUGAAGCAAAAAAUGAUUAACAAAGGACUUGUUUCGGAUGAAUCGGAGGACGAGGACGAAAACUCAGAGUUUGCGGAGUUUAUGCGAUGGAAAAAGCAAAAGAGAAAGGCACAGAGACGAGGAAUCGACGAUUGGGGAGACGACAACUGGGGAGAUUCUGCGCCAAGGCCGGUCAAUGCUCGCUCGAGCUCCGGCUACUCGUCUUAUUCGUCUGGUUCGUCUCGAGCUGUUCAGGGACAUGAUGUUGCUUUCCGCGGACAAAAGAUCGAACAAGGAUCGUUUAUGGUUACGAACAAAGAUCUCGACCGAUUCGACAAGAAUUACGUUCUUGGCGCCGAGAACACCUUCGCUGGUGACAAAGCUGCGGUAGCUGGCGCUUUCACCGGCGACCACAACGUCGUUUUUAAUGAUAACGAAGGACAAGCAGCUGGCGAUAUCAAGGGUGUAAGGAAUCGUGUCGCUGCGGGUAUUAUGCAUUUCAACUACGAAGAUGAACAAAAGGAAGUUAUGGAAGAGGAUAAAAAUAAAGUGGUCAUUUACUCGACAUCUUUGGGCGUCAACAGAGAGCUUAUUGCCAAUUGUCAAAGAGCAGUUGCAAUUAUUCGUAGUCAUCGGGUUCGUUAUGAAGAGCGUGAUAUUUUCAACUUCGAGCACCACAAAGAAGGUCUUUGGGAGCGCCUUGGGCUUGAUCGUGGAGACAAGUUUCCACCGAUGCCGAGAAUUUACAUCGAUGGCAUCUACAUUGGAGGCAUCAACGAGCUGGAAGCGCUUUCUGAUUGCGGCGACUUGAGGAUUCGUCUUCAACAUUUCUCGAAGUUUCAGGAGCGAGAACAUUGCCAAACAUGUCGAGCAUCUGGCAAGCUUCUUUGUACAAAGUGCAACGGCAAGAAAAAAAUUACUUCAAACGAGCUCGCCGAGCUCCAGUGCUCCCUAUGCGACAAGAAUGGAUUCGUCGACUGUCAAGACUGCGUUGUUAUGCGUGAAAUCAUUGAUCCAGCAAUUAUGCAAUAA